CGGGGGCGGUGUUUCCCGGUGUCCCCGUGUCCCGGUGCCCCGGGGGCGGUGUUUCCCGGUGUUUCCCGGUGCCGGCGCCUGCGCGGUGCGGCGGUGUCGGGGCCGGGCGGUGGCGCCGCCGUUCCCGGUUCCCGCCGGUGCCCGGGGCGAUGGCGGAGGCCGGGAGGGCGGCGCGGCGGCUGUCGCGGGCCGGGGAGAGCCUUUACCGGGUGCUGGGGCUGAGCAAGGGCAGCCCCCCCGAGGAGGUCAGGAGAGCCUACCGGAAGCUGGCACUCAAGUACCACCCAGACAAGAACCCGGAUGAUCCAGAGGCAGCCGAGCGCUUCAAGGAGAUCAACAGCGCCCAUGCCACACUGAGUGACGAGUCCAAGCGCCAGAUCUAUGACCAGUAUGGCUCCCUCGGGCUCUACGUGGCCGAGCAAUUUGGCGAGGAUGCCGUCAAGCACUACUUCCUCAUGUCCAAGUGGUGGUUCCAGGCCCUGGCUCUGUGCUGCGGCUUGCUGACCUGCUGCUGCUGCUGCUGCUGCUGCUUCUUCUGCUGUGGGACGUGCUGCCCACCCAAGGAGGACGAGCCCUACAAGUACGUGGACCCAGAGGACCUGGAGGCGCAGAUGCGAGCCGAGGAGAGUGAUCCGCAGAUCCCAGUUGUGGCACAGCCACCACCUGCCAGAGUGGAGCCCUUGCCGGCUGCCAGCACCUUGAAUGAUGCCUGAGGUGGCCGUGGUCCCACCGGCUGCCCUAGCACGUCAGGCAGGGAUUCUCCUUUGGGACUGCUGCUCUCCAGGACCCCACUUGUGCCACCCGGUGUGGUUCUUCCACCUCAGGGUGGCUGGAAUCUCAGGUUUAUUUGGUCAGCACCAGCACAGGGGCCCUGGUGCCCCUGCUCAGCUCCGGGGCGAUGCCCCCGGCUCCCCGUGCCUCGCCUGCCACUCUGUUCCCACACAGCACCGGCAGCCGCGAGUGGAGGCCUCUCCAGGCCAGGCUCUGGAUCUUCCAAGCGGGAGCCGAGUGCAUCUGAGACCAUAGCACUGUAACUCCGGGGCUGGGCUGUGCCCGCUCUGCGCCCUCCUGGGUCCCCUCCGAUGGGCGCUGGGUGCCAAACGCUGCCGAUGGGGCUGGGGUCACACGCUGUGCACCUUCCUCAUCCCUGUGGCGUUCCGGGGUGCCGGCAGCUGCUGGCAGACAGCCUACAGGGCUGGGCCCUGGGCAGGCACUUUCCUUGGGUUUGUACGGGUUUGUGGGCACCAUUAAAGGAUGGCGGGAGGGGAGCGUGGUU